AUGACACGGGAACUGAGCUUCCAAAAAUUUAUUGAACAAUCAGACUUACUAGAAGAACUUAAAUAUGACUUCAAUGAAAAAGCUGAAUUGAGACACAUUGAGACACAAAGGCCUUUUGUCUUUAACUAUUAUAAAAAUGUCCCUGAGAGAAAUAGCAAGCGCUACCAGGCCCUUGGCCAUUUGCUUGAACAAUACAUUUAUGAGCUUUUGGAGAAAGUGUGCAAAUUACAAAAAGUAUACAUCCCACCAGAGGCUGAUAAGGAACCAAGAAGCUUUUUUUUUAUGAGUGAGAGAGCAUUAACAAAUCAUCAUUCUGCCCUUCUUGUCCUUCUUCAAGACCAUGGGGUCUUUAGAGCUGGUCAGUGGAGUCAGCAGUCCAUAAUACAUCAUGGUCUACAACAUGGAAGUCAGAUACCAUGUAUUCAAAUGGCAUUGCAGGCACAUUAUGAUGUAAUUGUGCUGAACCCCAAUGACAAUUUUGUGGACCUCAAGAUGGAAAAAGAGUGGAAAGGCCUUUUAACACAAAAUAUUGAGUCUUCUUCCCUAAAAGUGGUUCAGACUGAGAGUUUUUUAUCUCUCCAGCAGCCUCUCCGAAGUAUUCCAAAAAGAUGUAGCAACACCCCUGAAGAACAUGUGGCUUACACUUGGGAUUACUUCAUUUCAAAGGCUGAAGGCAAGGAUGUUGCCUUCAUUGUACAUGGUUAUGGAGGCUUGGUUUUUAUGGACUUGCUUGUUCGUAGGAAGAGGGAAGUGAUGAGCAAAGUAUAUGCUGUUGCACUUAUUGACUCUCAACAUCAUGUAAGACACCAGCUGGGAAGUGAUGUACAGUUAUUAGCAUGGAUAAAGCACCACUGCCGUGAAUGGGUCACAAGUCCUAGAGCUUUGGAUAAACCUGCAGAUACUGUUUUGAAAAAAGAAUUCCCAACGGUUUCUGCUGGUACAGAAAAACACGACUUAGCCCCUUCCUCUAGCCUUCAGUCAAUUUUUAAAUACUUUAAAAAAGCUCUGAAAGCCAAAACAACUAUUAAUUCCUCGCACAUACCAAUAGUAACUAGAAGCUCCACAAAAAUAAAGGAAAGUGCUUAA